AUGAUUGACGCAUGCGCAUAGGAGACCGGUGAGCCAGAGCGUCUCUCGUCCUCCCCUGCUCUUCAUACUGCAGUGUGAUACGCAUUAGAAAAUUUUGCCACGUAUUGCUGUCUCUAUAUAUUCAUGUAUUUUGUUGAUAUUAAAAACGCCGUAAGCCUAUUUUGCAAUUAGAAUCAAAGAGGCGAGCGAGGGUUCUGUUACAAAUGAGGCGAUUUUAUCAAACAAGAUGUAACGAUGAACAGCAGCGUAAUUCCAGACAACAAUUAAUGUCGUUGGUAGACAUAACAGACGGAUAUAAUUAUAAUUAUAAUAAUCACGUAAUGGUAACAUAUCUCAAAUUCUUGGGAGGACAAACCUUAGAGGAAAGCGUUAAAUUUUGCAUGAAGCAAAUAAUAAUGGACGAAGCUUUGAGCAAAUAUUCUUUAUGGGGCGAAAAGGACCGGAAUCUCGAGCUUUACAAUACGCAGUUAUUAUAUGCAGUAUACGAAGCAGUAGCCAACAGCCCAUAUUUUAUGGUACCUAAUCAGCAGCAAUUUUAUGAUGCUGUAAAAGAAGCAAUAAGAUUCGCGAAACAACGAAUAAGAAAUGCAAUUCGCAGAAAACCAGGCGAAAAAGGUCGCCGAACAAGGCGGCGCGAAGAAGCGGAUGCCAUAUUUGGCAUAAACAGACGAGAGGAAGAAGAAAUAGAAGAUAGAGAGGAGAGAGAAGAAGGAGGAGAUCAUCUUAGAUAACCCAGCGCUGCCAUUCAGUCAUUGAAGCCACCUAGUUUUUUUUUUUUUUUUUUUUUCCACUAAAAUAGCACUAUUGUCCAAAAAGGACUAUUAUCACUUUUUUAUCCUUGUUUCAUUCAGAUAAUAAUGUUUAUUUUUUAUUAUAUUUUUAUUAGAUAGUAAUGUUCAUUUCUUUAUUAUUAUAUUUUUUAUCGGUCGUGUAAAUAAUGCCUCGCGUUUUUAAAAUAUUAUAUGUAUUAUUUUAAAUUGCAACAAUUUAUUUAUUCCUUAUUCCUAAUCCCGAUUAAUUUCAUUUAAAAGGUACAAAUUAUUAAAAUUAUAUCAGUAAUACAGGUUCAUAUUUGCUGAUCAAUAUAUAUAUAGAUAAAAACAAAACAAAA